AUGUCCGACCCCAAACCCCUUCUCAACACAGAAACAGACGAAAGCAGCAGACUCGCGAUCCUCGAACGCCAGAACGCAAGUCUCACCGCCUCGCUGUCGCGCCACGAAUCAGGGGAGCGGAAGAAUGCGUCGAGUUUCCGCGCGCUCAUGGUCGCGGUGCUGGUGGCGGCUUUCUGCUAUAAUGUCAGGCAGUGGCAUGUGCAGGAUCAGGGGGUUUUCUUUCUGGUGGGGCUGUUUAUGUUUCUUACGUUCUUUGGUGUUUCCGAGUGGUCGUCUUACCGAUACAGCGCUGCAUAUACGGAUGCACAGAAGGAGUCUCAGCAGAAAAAGUGA